GUUUCUGAGGCAAAGCUCUUUUCUAGUUGUUUUCAAGGACAGACAAUUACAAAAUGACAGACCAUAUAUCAGAGAAGGUGAUUGAAGCGCCUACAUUCAACUACCCCUUUGCAGCAGCUCCGGAUAUCAUUCGCGCUCAUCAGAAAGAUGCAUACUUCGAAGGAGUCCUACUCAACCAUCUGUCGAAUCUACUUAGGCGGCUGUAUGGCGCUCGAUUCCUGCAUACAUACACGUCCGAAGCUCGAACGUUUUCUGAACUCCUAUACCUUGGGUUGACAACAUUCAUUGGAAACAGAACAUUGGGAGAAGAGUACUGUGAUAUUAUUCAAAUCGAGGACGACACUCUGAAGCUACCCGCAAUCGAAAGACGAGCAGGAUAUAUCCUCACGAGCAUACUGCUGCCAUAUUCAUUGACGAAGGUACUCCCCGGGUUCCGUUCAAGAAUACGGAAUAAAUUAGAGGCAAAUCUACGGCGGAUGGGACGGAAUAAGCAGACCACAACCAGAAGCUACCAGAUCCAAGCAUACAUCCUCGAGCACCUUUCAACAAUCACUUCUCCGUCACCAAUACACGCUCUGACUUUGACGAUAUUCUAUUUCUCUGGUGCGUACUACCAGCUUUCGAAACGAUUAUGGGGAUUGAGAUACAUCUUCACGAAGAGGAUAGCUCCUUCGGAAGCUAGGGUUGGCUACGAAGUUUUGGGGGUGCUGUUGGUGUUGCAGAUGAGUGUUCAGACGUGGCUACAUCUCCAGAAUACGAUACGAAAUCCGGUCCCAGCGAAUGCAAAUAGUAUUAUGGGUGGAAGUGCGGUCUUAGAAGGAGGGGUAGAAAUAUCUCUCGACCCUCAUGCUAUGGCCUCGAAUAAUGAGUUGCUGUUCGAAUCAGGAGGAGGAGAUUACAUUCAACAUAGCAGUGUCGAAGUUGGAAAGACGACCCAUACGGCCGUGUUGCAGGGGCCAAGGUAUGACUUGAGUAAAGCGGAGGUUAUGCCCUGGAUCAAGGGACAGAACAGGAAGUGUACGUUAUGUCUGGAGGAACUGAAGGAUCCCAGUGCAGUGAGCUGCGGUCAUAUAUUCUGCUGGGCUUGUAUUGGUGACUGGGUGAGAGAAAAGCCCGAGUGUCCGCUUUGCAGGAGAGAAGUUGCUAUGCAACAUGUUCUUCCAUUAAGAGCCUAGAAAUUGGUUUACGAUCAGUCACGGACUUCGUCACAGGUCGCAGAGCUAGACGACAAUAGAUCUUCGCUACUCGGUCUCCGGAUCAUUGGCAGGAUAUCCAAGAAGCCGACAUGUACAGUAUCUUUGGUAAAGGUGGAAAGUGGCAAAUUUUGCUGUUUGGUCAUGAAGGGCUCAAACAGAACCAAUCAAUGUCUGAAUUGUUGAAACCAAUUCCCCCACCCCGUUCAAGAUCUACUAUGA